AUGCCCUACGCCUCUCCCUCAAUCCUGAUCCAGUUGCUCCUGGACGCCAAGAACGCGGCGAUGGUGCAGAGCACGGCUGGUGCUGCGCCACUUCCCAACGCAGAGCGCGACAAGAUCGUGAAGGAGUUUGUGAAGAAGGUCAAGCCAGAUGUCCGACGCCAGCUGUUCCAUCGGAGCCAGAAGACCUACAAAGUCACGAUCGAGAACAUGCUGGAGUUCCAGACGGCGCUGCUGGAGCCUUGGCGGGCAGCGGCAGAGAGCGAGGUGGAGAGGCUAUGCUUGGCGCCGCUGCAGAAAGCCCAGGACGAGCUCCGACAAUCCAUGGAGGAGCACAAUCGCCAGCGGGAGAGGGGCGCCAGGCGUCGGAAGGAGUCCUCCAAAGUCGACUUCUCCUUCGCUCCGAAGUUGGCGGAGGUCCUGAAGAACAUCAACACCUUCAGGACCGAUGACGCCUCGGCCCCGGAGGAAGCGGAGAGGUGCGAACAGAUCUGCCAAGAGAUUCGUGCCACCCUGAAAGAGAUCGAGAAGAAACGCUGA